GGAGGAGGAGGAGGAAGAGGAAGACCAGAUACAAGAGGUCCAGAUCACCGGUCAUGAGGAGGACGAGGACUCCGAUAGGGAUGGUGUGGAGCUGGAGUGGGAGUCAGGGAGCACAGUACUGGACCCCAGCGGUUCCACGGCGGAGACGCAGGCGGUCGUUAUGCGGAGUGUGGAGGAGGAGGAGGGAGAGCUGGACCCGUUCAGCGGCAGCAUCCCCUCCGGGCUGGACUCUCACCUGGAAGGGGACCUGCAGCGGUCAGAGCGGAACAGACUGAGCGAGAACACCCGGCUGGCCACCCGGUACGCGGUGCGGAUCUUCAGAGAGUAUCUGAGUGAGAAAGCGCAAAGUCCGGACUUUGAAACUCUGGACAAGGAGGCGCUGUGUGCGGUGCUGCGCUCCUUUUACGCGGAGGCGCGAUCCAAAAGUGGACAGUUGUACAGUAAGUCGUCCCUCAUCAGCAUCCGGAGCUCCUUGAACCGGUACCUGAACGAGCCGCCCUACUGUCGCACCUUGGACCUGACCAAGGACCCGGAGCUGCGCAGCGCCAACCUGACCCUGGCUGCGGUCAUCCGGAGGCUGGAGGAGCAGGGCGCCGGUCCCGUGGUGCAGAAACAAGCCAUCACACGCACGGACCUCCGCAAACUGUACGAGUCCUCCGUGUUCAACACGGACACGCCGUUCGGACUGCUCAACAAAGUCUGGUUCGAGACCUGCAUGUAUUUCUGCACCAGGGGCCGGGAGAACCAGAGGGAGCUGGAGGAGGACUCGUUCGGUCUGGCCGUGGAUGAAGACGGGAGAAAGUUCGUGUAUUUCAAAGCUCUCGGUCCUUAUCACAAGUCCCGCUCCGCCGCCUGGACCAAGAAACGUCCGGACGCAGACGAAGACACGCUGCCGCGGAUGUACGAGACCGGCACGGAGUUGUGUCCUUACGCGAGUUUCGUCCGGUACGUGUCCAAGCGGAACCCGCUGUGCAGGGCGUUCUUCCAGCGGCCCCGGGACCACUGCUGCGCGAGCGACGUGACGUGGUACGAGAACAAGGCCAUCGGGAAAAACCUGUUGGGCACGAGGAUGCAGAUGUUGUCGCGCGCUGCCAAGCUUUCCAAAACCUACACCAACCACUGCAUCGGCGCCGUCUCCAUAGCGACGCUCAACAGCAUCGUCGGCGCCGCGGGCUCCAAACCGACAACGACGCUCUUCGUUACCUCGGAAACGGUCAACGGUCACGCGCAGUCCCACCUCCAACUCGUGAUCCCGUACCUCCGCCGGGUCAGCGACGAUCUGACGACACCGACGGGAAAAGCACCACCGACGGCGGCGGUAAGGAGACCCGGUAACGAAGAGGACCCGGGGGCUCCUUCCCCGAAGAAACUGUGCGUGCGGCCCACGGCGCGCGCAGAGUCCCCUGUGAAGCGGAACGAGAGCGACCCGGUGUCUGUGAGAGCCACGGAGUCCCACACACUGCCCUCGGUCCGGACUCCGGUCCCCGUAACUGCGCAGGACAGCCAUGGCAGCAGCAGUAGCAGCAUGCCGACUCAGCAGCUGGUCUCUGCAAGUCCUGUGUCUCCUGUGGGUUCGGCUGGCAUCCCCACACCGGCCCAGCUCACCAAGACCAACGCACCAGUCCAUAUAGACGUCGGAGGACAUAUGUACACCAGCAGCCUGGCAACACUCACCAAGUACCCUGAGUCACGGAUCGGUCGUCUCUUCCAUGGAACAGAGCCCAUAGUUCUGGACAGUUUAAAGCAGCACUACUUCAUCGAUCGGGACGGUCCGAUGUUCCGCUACAUCCUCAACUUCCUCCGGACGUCGAAACUCCUCCUCCCAGAUGACUUCAAAGAGUACUCCCUGCUGUACGAGGAGGCCUCUUUUUUCCAGCUGGCUCCUUUGCAGGCUGAACUGGACCGUUGGAGGACUGAGAGGGAAUGCAGAACCCUGUGCCAGGAUUGUGAGUGUGUUGUGGUUCAUGUGGCUCCAGAACUUGGCGAGAAGAUCAGUGUGAGUGCACAGCAGACCGUGAUUGAGGAGGUUUUCCCUGAGGUCAGAGAGGUCAUGCACAACUCCCUGAAUGCCAGCUGGAACCACAACUCCACACAUGUCAUCCGUUUCCCUCUCAGCAGCUACUGCCACCUCAACUCUGUCCAGGUGUUGGAGUGGUUGCAGCAGAGAGGCUUCAGGAUCACAGGUUCGUGCGGCGGCGGCAUGGACUCUUCCCAGUUUACUGAAUACGUUCUACGAAGGGACAUUCGAGGCAGCCAGCGGCCCCCCGCCAUCAAACAAGUGAAACAGGAAGUGAUGGACUGAACUCAAAAGGAAUCCAAGGACGUUGACAUUUGCACAGAUGAGGAGCGACUGUUCUGUUCAAGUAUGAGCACAAAUUCUUCAAAACGAGGAUAGUAUCACUUCAGCAUGACAGAGUCAUCAGACUUAAACAUAAGUACAUUUAAUCUUCAGCUGCAGUUAAACUGGACUCAAACAAUAAUUUUGGUCUAUGAUAUUUAAAUCAGAUUCUUACAGGAAAUAACCAGACCCAUUUGUGGUUGUAACAAUCAUAGAAAAAUGUGUCUUAAUUCUGAGUAUUAGCAUUAGCAUUUCUGUUUAAAUGUAGAGAAGGUAAAUAGUUGGAGAUGUGCAAUAUGGAUAAAAUAUUCCAUGACUUUUAAUUUUAUGAUGGGAUAUUUAUUUAAUCCACAACACAGUCUAGCCUCAUUCACCUGAGACAGCUCUGCCAGAGUGACAAUAUGGGAGGAGCAACUACAGUCACCUCAAGGCUGGAAAUGGUUUUACACCCAUGUCCUAGUGCAAGAAAUCCGAAAACCAAUACUAGAACCAGUUCUGGGCAGACUAGCCACUAUUAGUAACACCAGUUGAUGGCAGCACAUUUGCUGUAGCAAUGUGUUUGACAGUACUGUGGGUACGACUCACUUAAUGGGACACAAUUAAGGCAAAAGAACUAAUUAACAGUGUAUUAAUACAACUUUUGUUCCUAUUGAAAUGCAGAGCGGUCAUUUUGAAAGAGAAGAAAUGUAGGGACUGGCAACUUUCCAAGUUCUUCAAAUUUGAAAACACACUCAAAAACUCUCACUUUCCAGUUAAAAAACCCUAAGAAGUGACUAUGUUCAAAAUAUCUUAAUUGAUAAAAAGUUUUUUUUAUUAUACAAUUAAAAAUGUAGGUUAAAAUCAACAACUGGGUUCUUCUAUGAAACUGGGUUCAUUUGGUAUCUGGCACUUUUUAGAACCAAUAAUAAAAGAGACAUUAAGAUAUAUAUCCCCCAGG